AUGGAGAAACUCUUACGAGAAACCUUUGGAGCGAUAGAGCCAGAAGCUGAUCUGGCCUCACUUACCCAGAUGGCCCAGCAGCCCACUGAGUCUGCUAUUGAUUAUUUUCAACGAUUCCAUAUCCAAAAGGUCAAGCUGAACAUGGUUCUCCCAGAAAGAGAAUUGGUUAAGUUGGCAAUCAAGGGCUUAGAGCCAUGUCAGCAAAAGAAACAACAUGGCAGCAUGAUCAAAUCCAUGGGAGAGUUGAUCAAAGAGGGCGAAGAGGUUUUCCCAAAGGAAGAUGAAGACGAGGAGAAUGAUGUCUCCGCCUUCGAGCUAACCGAAAGAAAGAACUCUUCUCUCAAGCAGCUGAAGUUAACUAAGGAACCGGUCAAGCUCAAGUCUGUGGCCUUCACCAAACCUGAAUACGCGACGUAUACAUAUGAUGUCAAUAAAGCACAUGAUAUCUUAGAUGAGAUGAUAGCCGCAAAGAUGGUGAAGACGGAUUUUAGGCCUUUCCCCAUACCUGAGGAGUUGAAAGGAAAAAAGUAUUGCAAGUUUCACAAUCUAUGGAACCAUAACACAGUCGAGUGUGUCAAGCUGAAGGAUCAGAUUUAG